AUGAUGAAUUCCCUGAGGGACACCACAGACAUCUCCUAUGCAGGCUGUGCUGCUCAGGUCUUUUUCUUUCUCUUCUUCAUUUCAGCAGAGUUUUCUCUCCUCACCAUCAUGGCCUAUGACCGCUACAUUGCCAUCUGCAGACCCCUGCACUAUGGCACCCUCCUGGGCAGCAGAGCUUGUGCCCACAUGGCAGCAGCUGCCUGGGCCUGUGGCCUUCUCUAUGCUCUGCUGCACACAGCCAAUACAUUUUCCCUGCCCCUCUGCCAUGGCAAUGCUGUGCACCAGUUCUUCUGUGAGAUCCCCCAGAUCCUCAAGCUCCCCUGCUCUAACUCCUUCCUCAGGAAAGUUAGGCUUAUUAUGGUCACUAUCUGUCUAGCCUUUGGCUGUUUUGUGUUCAUUGUGGUGUCCUAUGUGCAGAUCUUCAGGGCAGUGCUGAGGAUGCCCUCUCAGCAGGGACGCCACAAAGCCUUUGCCACCUGCCUCCCUCACCUGGCCGUGGUCUCCCUCUUCAUCAGCACUGGCAUCUUUGCCUACCUGAAGCCCUCUUCCAUUUCCUCUCCUUCAAGGAAUAUGGUUGUGUCUGUUCUGUACUCAGUGGUGCCCCCAGCAGUGAACCCUCUCAUCUACAGCCUGAGGAAUCAGGAGCUCAGCAAUGCUCUAAGCAAAUUGAUUACUGGAAGCUACCAGCAGCAAUAA